GAACGGGCAGAAGAGCGACGGAGUAGGGUCCGCAAACGACUUCCUCUCCAGGAACAUCACGAUGGUCCUGGAGGAUCUGCUGAUGAACUACGAGAACAACCAGCUACCAACUUACGGAAAAGGCGUCCCUACCGUCGUGAAGACGAACAUCCUGAUCCGAAGCAUGGGGCCCAUUUCCGAGCUCGACAUGGACUACUCUAUGGACUGCUACUUCCGGCAAUACUGGCGCGAUUCCCGUCUCAGUUUUCUGGGCCCCAUCAAGUCUCUGAGCCUCAGCAUCAAGAUGCUGGAGAGGAUCUGGCGACCGGACACCUACUUUUACAACGGGAAGCACAGCUACGUGCACACCAUAACCGUGCCCAACAAGCUCCUCAGGAUCUCCCAGGACGGCGACAUCCUCUACUCGAUGAGGUUGACGAUAAAGGCGACGUGCCCCAUGGAGUUGAGGAACUUCCCCAUGGACAGACAGUCCUGCCCGCUGAUCCUGGGCAGCUAUGCAUACACUUCCGGUCAGCUGGUCUACGAGUGGCACGAAGGUUCCUCCGUGAACUUCGUUCCUGGCAUGGCCCUGUCGCAGUUCGACCUGAUGGGGUCGCCCUACAGGAACCUGACAUUCCUGCGGCGAGGAGGCGAGUUCUCCGUGCUCCAGGUCUCCUUCAACCUGCAGAGACACACCGGUUACUUCAUCAUCCAAGUGUACGUCCCGUGCGUUCUCAUCGUCGUGCUGAGCUGGGUGUCCUUCUGGAUCCACCGGGAAGCCACCAGCGACAGAGUCGGCCUAGGCAUCACCACCGUCCUGACUCUGUCUACGAUUAGUCUGGAUUCGAGAACCGAUCUGCCGAAGGUCAAGUACGCCACCGCCCUCGACUGGUUCCUCCUGAUGAGCUUCGGGUACUGUAUCGCGACCCUCCUGGAAUUCGCCGGAGUGCAUUACUUCACCAAAGUCGGCAGCGGGGAGAUUCAGCUGGACGACGGGGAAUGGACCGAGGCAGCCGAUUGGAACGAUUCCAACGAAGAGCUCCUCGCCGAAGGCCCAUUGUUGGCAGCGGUCGACAAACCCGAGUUUGCCGAUUUCGAAGCCGUGUCUCGUCUGGAGCGAGCCAUUAUUCCGGAGAUAGGCAGCGUGUCGCGCAGGUUUUGCGGGGAAGGCGGCCUGUCUCGCUUGUCGGAGUCCCUGAGGUCCACCUGCGACAUCUCGGUGCCUGCCGAGGGUCGACGAAGGGAAUUACCGGGGAGGAUCGAGAAAGAGACGCAGACCGAGUUGCGCUUACCAAAGUGGCGGCAGUUCCUCUACUGCCUAGCGGGCGACGACGCGUUCAGGCGCCAGAGGCAACGAGAAGCCUCGAGCGGAUACAGGAAACACGGAGACCGUGCCCAGAGGCACGUCAACAGCGUUUCUUACAUCGACCGGGCCGCCAGGAUCAUCUUCCCGGCGUCUUUCGGCAUCCUGAACGUCUGCUACUGGGUGAUCUACGUGACGUACCAGGAGGACUUCAAGUGGCAGGACUCGCCGAUCGCGUCAUUCUCUCAUUGAUGUACAUACAUAUAUACAUACAUACAUCUUAAAGAUAAUCCUUACUCUAAAAAACCUAAAGAAUAACCGAGACAUCGGACGGGUUGAAUUAUCAGAAAUUUUUCUAAGUUUUCUCCCACCGCAAG